AUGGCAUUUAUUGGAUUAGCUGCCCUCGUGGCACUGGCCGCUAUAGGGUCAGUGCUAUGCGAGGACGAAACUAUAGGACCGAUAUUCAUGAAGGAACCCCCGAACCGAAUUGACUUCAGUAAUACGACCGGUGCGACUGUUGAAUGCGCUGCCCGAGGAUCCCCGACCCCUGACAUUAUUUGGGUGCGAGCUGAUGGAUCUGCUGUUGGAGAUGUGCCCGGUUUGCGUCAGGUUCAAGCGAAUGGAAACCUUCUUUUCCCGCCUUUCCGAGCGGAGGAUUACCGUCAAGAAGUUCACGCUCAAGUAUACGCAUGUCUCGCACGCAACUCAGUUGGCACCAUUCAUUCCCGGGAUGUUAAUGUACGCGCCGUGGUUGCCCAGCAUUACGACACUGACGUGAAUAAGGAGUACGUGAUUCUUGGGAACAGUAUCGUGCUCAAAUGUCAGGUCCCCUCGUUCGUAGCUGAUUUCGUUGAGAUCCUCUCUUGGCACACCGAUGACAACGAAGAUUUCUUUCCUGGCGAGAACUAUGUGGUACAGCAGCAGUACGAAUCUGAAGUAAAUAAUGAAUAUGUGAUUCGUGGAAACUCUGCUAUUGUCAAAUGUUCCAUUCCAUCGUUUGUAGCUGAUUUUGUGAAUGUUGUAUCCUGGCAGGACGAAGCUGGCAAUUCAUUCACUCCCGCGGAUAAUAAAGAAGGAGAUGUUGUAACGCAAUACUACGAAGCUGAAGUAGUCUCAGAAUACGUUAUCCGAGGAAAUACCGCCGUGCUUAAAUGCAAUAUUCCUUCCUUUGUCGCCGAUUUUGUGAAAGUAGAAGCUUGGGUUGACUCCGACGGUGGACAAUAUUUACAGACCGAUGACAUCGUUGUAAAUCAAUUCUAUGAAGCAGAGAUUCUCACAGAAUAUGUCAUACGGGGUAACGCCGCUGUUUUAAAAUGUUCUAUACCAUCUUUCGUCGCUGAUUUUGUAAAAGUGGAAGCAUGGAUCGACGAGGAGGGAGCAGUUUUGACUCAUACUGAAAACCUUGUCGUAUCACAGUAUUACGUGACCGAAGCCGAAAAUGAAUACGUGAUUAGAGGAAACGCUGCCAUUGUCCACUGCAAGAUUCCUUCUUUUGUUAGCGACUUCGUUUAUAUUGAAGCAUGGGUAAUGGAUGACGGAGAAAUUCUUACAGUAAAUAGUACAAAUACAGACAAGGUUGUAUCACAGCCUUUCGAAGCCGAGGCCGACAACGAAUACGUCAUUCGAGGCAAUGCAGCUAUCAUGAAAUGUGAAGUGCCGAGCUUUGUUUCUGAUUUUGUUUAUGUUGAAAUGUGGAUGGACAGCGAAGGAGGCACUUAUUACCCCAAUGCUGGCGAGGGUAAAUUGUUAUGUAGAGAAAAUAAAACUCCUGAAAUCCUGAUUCCCUUUAUUAUUGUUGUCACAGCUGUACUUCAAGUUUAUGAAGCUAGAGUUAAUGACGAAUUCGUCUUAAGGGGCAACACAGCCAUAAUGAAAUGCAUCGUGCCUUCUUUCGUUGGCGAUUUUGUUAAUGUUGUGGCGUGGAUUAUGGAUAAUGAAACUGUUACUGCCGACGAACACUCCUAUAACAACGACGUGGUUCGUCAGUCUUAUGAGCCUAGGGUCACUGAUGAAGAUGUUCUGCGAGGUAACUCUGCCAUUCUCAAGUGUGUCAUUCCAUCGUUUGUGGCUGACUACGUACAUGUUGUGGAUUGGGUGACGGACGAAGAUAAUUCACUCUCUACAUUUUCGUUCAAUGGCUCCGAGGGCAAUUACGCUGUAAAUCAAUUCUACGAAUCUCAAGUUUACGACAUAUAUGUAAUUCGUGGUAAUGCUGCAGUAUUCAAGUGCCAUAUACCUUCGUUUGUAUCUGAUCAUGUACAAGUUAUCUCUUGGCAUGAUACUGACGGCGGAGAAUACGCACUGAAUGAAAAUUACGUUGUGUCGCAGGCAUAUACCGUUCAUUUGGUCGAAGAAAACGUCUUACGUGGUAAUUCGGCGAUAGUGAAAUGCUUGAUUCCAAGCUUUGUAACGGAAUAUGUGUCGGUAGCAUCCUGGAUAAUUUCUGAAGGCGAAGACGAAAACGAAAUAACAAUCAGUAACUCAAUCGAUAAAGAGGUCGUUUCACAAAUUUACACUGUUAAUCUUUUGGAAGAAAGUGUAUUGCGAGGAAACGCUGCUAUUUUCAAAUGUCACAUUUCAACUUUUGUAACCGAAUAUGUUAGUGUAUCAUCUUGGAUUAUCUCAGAAGGAGAUAUUGAUGAAUUGGAAAUAAAAGCUGAAUCGAAUGAUCUGGUGGUUUCCCAAGCUUACACCAUUAAUUUGAUGGAAGAAAAUGUUCUGCGUGGAAAUGCUGCUAUCGUUAAGUGUCACAUACCAAGUUUUGUAACCGAAUAUGUAAUAGUAUCAUCUUGGAUUAUAUUUGAAGGAGAUGUCAUCGAAAAAGAAAUUCAACUUGAUAAAUCUUUCAGCUUAGUUGUUUCGCAAUCUUAUACUGUGAACCUAUGGGAAGAGAAUGUCUUACGCGGAAACGCCGCUAUAUUAAAAUGUCACAUUCCAAGUUUCGUCACCGAGUAUGUCACGGUCACUUCCUGGAUUAUCUCCGAAGGGGACCGGGAUGAAAUGGAGAUAAAUUUAGAUUCUGAUUUUAUUUUAGUCGUAUCCCAAGCUUAUGAUGUUAAGUUUUGGGAAGAAUACGUUUUGCGUGGAAACGCUGCUAUUUUGAAAUGUCAAAUUCCAAGUUUUGUCGCCGAGUACGUGUCCGUCAAUUCCUGGAUUAUCUCCGAAGAUGAGAAUGACCAAGAAAUAAAAAUAAAUUCUACUUCUGAUUUAGUGGUUUCUCAGGCAUACGCCGUGAAUCUGAUGGAAGAAUAUGUUUUGAGAGGGAAUAGCGCUAUUUUGAAAUGCCAUAUACCGAGCUUUGUGUCAGAGUAUGUUACGGUCAUAUCUUGGAUCAUCAACGAAGACGACAACGAAUUAGACAUCAAAUUAGAAUCAUCAAAUAACUUUGACGACGGCAAAUACUUGGUACUUCCAUCUGGAGAAUUACAUAUUCGGGAUGUUGGGCCUGAGGAUGGUUACAAAUCAUAUCAAUGCAGGACAAAACAUAGACUUACUGGUGAAACCCGCCUAUCCGCGACUAAAGGACGACUUGUUAUCACCGAGCCAGUGGGCCGGGUACCUCCCAAGUUUCCUAGUGCAUCGACUACCAGUGGCUACCAGUUUAGCGAGCUCUCCACCAUCUCAGUUCUUUGUCCAGCACAGGCAUACCCUGCACCAAUGUACCGCACAGGCUUUCCCGGUCCCACUAUUCAGGUAAACAUUAGAAUAACAAAAGAACAGAACGAAAUUCUUUCACCCUUAGAGCCCGUCGGUCGCGUUUCACCUAAGUUCACUACGGGUGAUAAAAGUCGAGCAUUUGAUGCUAACGGAGGUGAAAGUAUCACUAUGCUGUGCCCAGCCCAAGCAUACCCUGCCCCGGCGUUCAGGUAUAAACUAAAACAACCAACGAAUAAAAUAGCACCUCGAAAGGAUUCCACAAUAAAUUUCGAGGGGUGGGAAGUUUUCACCGUGGCUCAAAUGGAUGUGGCGUACUUGACAUGUCAAGUUGCCGCUUACCCGGCACCCUUGUUUAGAUGGUAUAAGUUCAUUGACGGCACGACAAGGAAGCAACCAGUUACCCUUGAUGAUAGAGUAAAGCAAGUAUCUGGAACAUUGAUAAUCAAGGAAGCCAAAGUUGAAGAUUCUGGAAAAUAUCUUUGCGUUGUGAAUAAUUCCGUGGGUGGCGAAUCUGUCGAAACUGUAUUAACGGUCACGGCUCCCCUAAAAGCUACUGUUGAACCAGCGACACAGACCGUGGACUUUGGACGCCCCGCCGUAUUCACUUGCAGAUAUGAAGGAAACCCUGUCAAGACUGUUACGUGGCUUAAGGACGGCAAGGACAUGAAGCAUCACGACGCUACUUUGAGAAUUGAAUCGGUAAAGAAGGAAGACAAGGGAAUGUACCAAUGCUUCAUCAGGAACGAUCAAGAAAGUGCAAGCGCCAGCGCUGAACUUAAACUUGGAGGACGAUUUGAACCACCGCUAAUCCGUCACAGCUUUGGAGAACAGACCUUCCGUUCCGGUCCAUCCCUCCGUUUGAAGUGCGUAGCAUCUGGCAACCCAACUCCCGACAUUGCAUGGCUACUCGACGGCGAUAAGCUGAACAGCGGCGAACGACUCCAGAUCGGGCAAUUUGUUACCGCCGAUGGCAAUGUUGAGUCGCACUUGAACAUUUCUUCGGUACACACUAAUGACGGUGGACUGUACACAUGUAUUGCCUCUAGCAAGGUUGGAAGCGCUACCCACUCGGCCCGAGUAAACGUAUACGGCCUGCCCUACGUCCGCCCCAUGAAGAAACGACCUGUUGUUGCUGGGGACAACCUCAUCGUACACUGCCCAGUUGCUGGAUACCCCAUCGAAUCUAUUGUCUGGGAACGAGAUAACAGAGUGCUACCGAUCAAUCGCAAACAGAAGGUAUUCUCUAACGGAACGCUAGUGAUCGAGAACGUUGAACGUAUGAGCGACGAAGCGACCUAUACUUGCGUAGCCAAGAAUUCUCAGGGAUACACUGCAAAGGGAACGUUAGAAGUGCAAGUCAUGGUUCCCCCACAAUUAUUACCAUUCGAAUUUGGCGACGAGCCCGCAAACGCAGGAGAUAUGGCAUCCUUAACUUGCGCUGUCAGCAAAGGCGAUCAACCUUUAAACAUUACCUGGGUUCUCAACGGGCAAGUCAUACCAAAGAACAAUAAUAUGGGAAUCGUACUAACCGUUAUCAACAAAAAGACCUCGAUACUUAACAUAGACUCUGUAAGUGGUAUACACAGGGGCACGUACCUCUGUGUGGCGACGAACAUGGCUGGCUCAGCUAAUCAUAGCGCUGUACUUGAAGUCAACGUCCCACCACAAAUCACACCUUUCGAAUUUGGAGAAGAGAUUUUGAACGAAGGAGAAACUGCAUCUGUAUCGUGCGUGAUGAGUAAAGGUGACCUACCGGUAAAGUUCACAUGGAGAUUUAACGGAGAGGAAGUUAAACCGCGCAAUAACCUCGGCAUAGUCCUCACGAACAUUAGCAAGAAAACAUCAAUACUGAACAUAGAUUCUGUUAGCGCUGUACACCGGGGCUCCUUUACCUGUGAAAUUAAAAACGACGCUGUACCUCCUCAAAUCUCACCCUUCGAGUUCGGUGAUGAGCCCGCCAACGCUGGUGAUACCGCGUCAGUUCAGUGCGUCAUGAAUAAGGGUGAUUUACCAGCUAAUUUCUCUUGGAGUCUUAAUGGAAGAAAAAUUGCUAAAAACAAUAAUAUGGGAAUUGCUAUCGGAGGAAUGGGCAAAAAGAUGUCUAUACUGAAUAUCGAUUCUGUAAAUGGAACACAUAGAGGAAUAUACGUUUGCUACGUUGAAAAUCUAGCUGGACAAGUCAAUCACAGCUCCACGCUGGAAGUUAACGUUUUACCCCAAAUCCAUCCCUUUACCUUCGGAGAUGAACCUGCUAAUGCUGGAGAUGCUGUUGGAGUACAAUGUAUGGUGACCAAGGGUGACACCCCUAUCAAUAUAACAUGGCUUUUAAACGAGAAACCGGCCAACGAGUUUUAUGGGAUUACCGUUUCAAAGAUUGGUCAUAAGUCAAGCACUAUUUCGAUUGACUCGGUAGCAUCCAUACAUACUGGAGUAUAUACUUGUUUGGCUAUGAACCGAGCUGGGCAUGCCAAUUACUCAGCUGAAUUAUCGGUUAACGUAUUACCUCAAAUCCAUCCCUUCACUUUUGGAGACGAGCCUGCAAACGCAGGAGACGCCGUCGGAGUGCAAUGCAUGGUAACGAAGGGGGACAUACCAAUAAAUAUCACUUGGCUUCUAAAUGGAAAACCGACUGGUGAAAUGACAGGAAUAUCUGUUUCAAAAAUCGGGCAUAAAGCAAGCAGCCUAUCAAUAGAUUCGGUUGGAUCCGUACACGCCGGAGUAUACACUUGCUUGGCGGCCAAUCGCGCUGGCCAUGCAAAUUACUCAACUAACUUAUCUGUUAAUGUUUUGCCCCAAAUGCAUCCGUUCUCCUUUGGGGACGAACCCGCUAACGCUGGUGAUACAGUCGCAGUUCAAUGCAUAGUAACCAAGGGUGACUCGCCAGUUAAUAUAACGUGGCUGUUGAACGGAAAACCGACUACUAAAAUUGAAGGAAUCACCGUAACAAAGAUCGGACAUAAGUCAAGCAGUAUAUCGAUAGACUCAGUUGCAUCUAUGCACACGGGGGUGUAUACAUGUUUGGCUGUCAAUCGCGCCGGCUAUGUUAAUUACUCAACUGAACUGGCUGUUAAUGUUUUACCCCAAAUCCAUCCAUUUACGUUCGGCGAGGAACCGGCAAACUCAGGUGAUACAGUUGGAGUCCAAUGCAUGGUAACAAAAGGUGAAUCGCCAGUCAAUAUUACCUGGCUACUAAAUGGCAAACCGACCGAUGAAGUUCAGGGAAUAACUGUUUUUAAAAUCGGACCAAAGUCAAGUAGCUUGUCUAUUGACUCAGUUGCUUCCAAGCAUACAGGCGUGUUCACUUGUUUGGCUGCCAACCGAGCUGGCCAUGCCAAUUAUUCGACAGAAUUGGCUGUUAAUGUUUUGCCCCAAAUUCACCCAUUUACAUUCGGAGACGAACCUGCUAACGCCGGUGACACAGUUGGAAUUCAAUGUAUGGUCACUAAGGGUGACUCUCCAGUAAAUAUUACUUGGUUACUGAAUGGAAAAAUUACCAGCGAUAUCCAGGGAAUCACUGUUACUAAGAUUGGACAUAAAUCAAGCAGCUUAUCAAUAGAUUCAGUUACAUCAAUACAUACAGGCAUCUAUACUUGUUUAGCUGAAAAUCAAGCAGGACAUGCCAAUUACUCGGCUGACUUGGCUGUUAACGUUGUGCCGCAGGUAACACCAUUCGAUUUUGGGGAAGACAUUCUCAACGCUGGCGAUACGGUUUCUUUAACGUGCACUGUUGGGAAGGGGGACUUACCUUUAACCAUUCAUUGGCAACUAAACAAUCAAACUCUUAACUCUGGUAACGGCAUAUUCAUAAACCGCAAUGGGAAAAGAAUAUCAGUUUUGAGUAUAGAAAAUGUACAACAUGAGCACAUUGGCAAUUAUACUUGCAUAGCUGAGAACGAAGCUGGCCGCAGUAGCCACAGCGCAAUCCUCAACGUAAAUGUCCCUCCACAGAUUAAACAUUUCGAAUUCGGCGAUGGCCCAGUUAAUGCUCAAGAAAUGGUUUUGGUAACAUGCGCGGUCAGCAAAGGUGACCUGCCUUUAAAAAUUGAAUGGUAUUUCAACGGAAACUCUGUGAAAUCUGGAGAAAUUGGAAUAAAUCUUGUAAACACAAGGCGCUCAAGUCAACUUAACAUCGACUCUGUUAGUCACCAAAAUCAAGGAAAUUAUACAUGUGUGGUAAAAAACGCAGCGGGUGCAAUGAAUUAUACAGCUCAGUUAUUCGUCAACGUGGCACCAGUUAUAACUCAUUUUGAAUUCGACGAAUCAGUAUUUUUUGGAGAGGGUGUUCAAGUGAUGUGCCACGUUCCAAAAGGAGAUAAGCCUUUAAAUUUCAAGUGGGCUUUUAGCGGUGGAGAUGUGAGUUCACUAGCCGGUUUAAACAUCAUGAACGUGGGGGAUAGGGGUUCAGCUCUAAUAAUCCCUGCGGUGACGGCUAAACACUCUGGCAAUUACACAUGCACCGCCUCUAACAUUGUCGCCAGUGCUAGUCACCAUGCCUCGCUCAAUGUCAAGGUUCCUCCACACAUCGUUCCCUUUAUGGCCGAAGAGCCAGUUUUCGCUGGAGAAUCGGUUCAGUUGACGUGUCAUGUAUCAAAAGGCGACGCUCCAAUCACUAUCAGUUGGAGCUUUCACGGCAAGGAUUUAUCCUCACAUCAAGGAAUAACUACGAUGAAGAUCGGCGAACGCACAUCAUUACUGACUAUAUCUAGUUCAACAGCUAGUCACAGUGGCGAAUAUUCAUGCCACGCCGCUAACCGUGCUGGCCUGGCUCUUCAUUCGACCACAAUUAAUGUCCACGUUCUGCCAUACAUCGUACCCUUUGAAGCGGAUGAGUCGGUGUUUGCUGGGGAACCGGUUCAGCUCACUUGUCACGUUUCAAAAGGCGACUUACCUUUAAAUAUCAAGUGGCAUUUUCAUGGGUUCGAAAAUUCAACAUCGCAUCUAGAUAUUAUGACGAAUAAAAUGACUUCGCGUACUUCAUUUCUAUCAAUUUCUGGGGCAACUGCCGGUCACAGUGGCAACUAUACCUGCGUAGCAACUAACAGAGCCGGUUCCACUAAUCAUUCUACUGCUCUCAAUGUUCAUGUGGUCCCGCAUAUUAUUCCAUUCGAAGUCGAAGAAUCGAUAUUUGCUGGUGAAUCAGUACACCUUACAUGUCAUGUAUCGAAGGGCGAUCGACCUCUUCAAAUAUCAUGGAGUUUUGACGGCCAUGAAAUUCCCUACCAUAAUAAUAUGGGCAUAACGACUACUAAGCUUGGAGAAAAAGCUUCAGUUCUAAGCAUUCCCACCGCCAUGGGCCAGCACAGCGGCAACUACACUUGUACUGCCAGUAACCGUGCGGGGCGCGCAUAUCACUCAGCCCUCGUCAAUAUUCAUGGUAUUGGAUCCUGUCCCCCUUGUACAAUAGUUACUGUAAAAAACUGUUUCGUGUGUAUAGAUAUAUUUGCACGUUUAGAUUUAUAUUUAGAAACCACUGUUUUCCUUCUAUCAGUUCCUCCUCACAUACUACCGUUUGAGAUUGAGACUAUCUAUUAUGGAGAAUCCGUACAAAUGGUCUGCCAUAUCAGCAAAGGAGAUCGUCCUAUGUCUAUCACUUGGACCUUUGAAGGCAAAGAUUUAUCUACAAAUAUGGGAAUUAAAACUAUGAAAAUGGCGGAGCAAACCUCCUUCCUAUCUGUUGCAUCUGUGACUGGUGCUCACAGCGGAAAUUAUACCUGCAUUGCAAGAAAUAAAGCUGGAGAAGACAGAUACUCUACAACACUCAACGUUAAGGUCGUCCCUCACAUCAAACCUUUUGAGUUGGACGAAGCCGUAUUUGCUGGAGAGUCAGUCCACCUAGACUGUCACGUUUCAAAAGGCGACACUCCUGUAAAUAUCUCUUGGAGUUUUCAAGGACAACCUAUAACACGCAAAUUAGGCGUGAAGACUACAACGUUGAGUGAACGUGUAUCCGUCCUUGAUAUACCUAACGCUUUGGGACUUAAUAGUGGCAACUAUACGUGCACGGCAACCAAUAAGGCAGGCACCGCAACCCACACCGCUCUACUCAACGUUAUUGUUCCUCCCAACAUUUUACCAUUUACAUUUGGCGAGAAACCCACUAACGUCGGCGAAUAUUUACAAGCUGCGUGCACUGUAAAUUUUGGUGAUCUUCCGCUCACUAUUACUUGGAUGUUUAACGAACAACAAAUUUCUCCAAGAAAUAGUAAUUAUAUUGUAAAUAAGUCCAAACGAAGUAGCUUACUGAUAAUAGAGUCCGUGGAUGCUAUACACGCCGGUACAUAUUCAUGCAUCGGAGAAAAUCGUGCUGGGCGAAAUUCCCAUUCAGAAGACUUAGUUGUCUAUGUUCCACCGUUGAUAAUGCCGUUCAAUUUUGGUGAGGUGCCUUUCAACCCUGGUGACACGGCGUUAGUGAAUUGUCUCGCCACCAAGGGAGAUUUACCUCUCGACAUAUCGUGGACGUUCAGCAGUGAAACUAUAGAUCCUACCCUCCAGCGAGGUAUCUCAACGACGGCUCUAAAUCCUCGCGCCUCACUCCUCACCAUCAUCUCCGUGAGCGCAAAUCACCAAGGAAACUACACAUGCAUCGUGAAGAACGCGGCCGGCCGCGCCGAAUAUGCAGCAACCCUCGUCGUCAAUGGCACGUCUAUAAAUGAUACGCUAUUACUGCCUCGCAUAGUUCCAUUCUCGUUCGAGACUCCACUGUAUGCGGGGCAGGCCAGUCAAGUCACUUGCUUGGUCUCGGAGGGUGAUCAACCCCUCGAUAUUCAGUGGUUCUUUGAAGGGAAACCUUUAAGGGAGAAAGCCGGCGUAACGGCAACUAAAAUCGCGCAGAGAGCUUCCUUGCUUCUGAUCGACCCGGCGGGUUGGUCGCACAGCGGUUCAUAUGCGUGUAUAGCGCGCAAUGCCGCUGGCAUAUCCAACUAUACCGCCUCAUUAGAAGUUCAUGUUCCUCCCCGUUGGAUUCUUGAGCCCACUGAUAAAGCUUUUGCGCAAGGAUCUGAUGCUAAAGUCGAAUGCAAAGCCGAUGGCUUCCCCAAGCCCCAAGUUACAUGGAAGAGGGCUGAAGGAGACACGCCCGGCGAUUACAAAGACCUUAAGCCAAAUAAUCCUAAUGUAAAAGUUGAGGAUGGAACUUUAGCCAUUAACAAUAUUCAAAAGACAAAUGAGGGAUACUACCUCUGCGAAGCAGUCAACGGAAUCGGAUCAGGGUUAUCUGCUGUUAUUCUUAUUAGUGUCCAGGCACCACCCCAAUUUGAGAUAAAAAUGAGGAACCAAACCGCUCGCCGAAGUGAACCGGCUGUUCUGCAGUGUCAAGCUAAGGGAGAAAAGCCCAUUGGAAUCAUCUGGAAUAUGAACAACAAACGUCUUGAACCUAAAUCUGACCCACGUUAUACUAUUCGCGAGGAAAUCUUGCCAGGUGGUGUCGUAUCGGACCUUAGCAUUAGGAGGACUGAACGAUCCGAUAGCGCUCUUUUCACAUGUGUUGCAACGAAUGCAUUUGGCUCAGAUGACACUAGCAUUAACAUGAUCAUUCAGGAGGUACCCGAAGCACCAUACGGCCUGAAAGUAUUAGAUAAAUCUGGCAGGACAGUGCAAUUAUCAUGGGCUGCACCUUACGAUGGUAAUUCCCCGAUUAAUAAAUUCCUGAUCGAGUACAAGCGAGCCAAAGGAAACUGGGAUAAGGAUAUCGACAGGGUUCUUGUACCUGGUGACGCCACUGAAGCUGGUGUAUUUAGCCUUAGACCAGCCACCGCGUACCACAUCAGAAUCGUUGCUGAAAAUGAUCUAGGAACUUCUGAGCCGUCUGAAACAGUUACUAUUAUUACUGCCGAGGAAGCACCAACUGGCCCACCCCAAGACGUCAAAGUAGAUGCCGUUGACAAACACACUCUCCGAGUUACCUGGAAGCCACCCCCACCUCACGACUGGAAUGGUGAACUUCAGGGAUAUUAUGUUGGCUACAAACUGGCUUCGAGCAACAAAUCGUUCGUUUUUGAAACUGUGGACAUUUCUAAGGAAUCUGGAAAAGAACAUCACUUGGAUAUUAUGAAUCUGAAGACUUACACUCAAUACGCGAUUGUAGUACAGACAUUCAAUAAAAUGGGAUCAGGCCCAAUUUCUGGUGAAGUUCGUGCUUACACUGCCGAAGGUGCCCCCUCCGCUUCUCCUCAAGAUGUACUAUGCACUACUCUAACCGCUCAAACUAUUCGCGUUUCUUGGGUUUCUCCACCUCUAGCUGCUGCAAAUGGUCUGAUUAAGGCUUACAAGGUUGUUUAUGGACCAAGUGAGACCUGGUAUGACGAAAAGACUAAGGACACUAAAAUCACGGCCAGCAGCGAAACCAUUCUUCAUGGGCUCAAGAAAUUCACUAACUACUCAAUGGAAGUGCUAGCGACUACCAAUGGCGGCGACGGUGUCAGAUCUGCUCCAAUUCACUGCCAAACCGAACAAGAUGUUCCCGAAGCGCCUCGCGCCGUGAAGGCCCUUGUUAUGGGAUCAGACUCUAUCCUCGUUUCAUGGAGACCACCGGCGCAGCCCAACGGUGUUGUCACUCACUACAAUGUAUAUACUCAAGCGCAGAAUGCAGAGCCUCAUCCUAAUAAGGUCCCUUCCUCCCAAACUAGCUACUCUGCAACGGAUCUGAAAGCUGGCCGUUAUGAUUUCUGGGUUACCGCUGCCACGAUGAUUGGAGAAGGCCAGCCCUCAGCAACUGCCUCCUGCAGCCCAAGCGACAAAGUACCGGCCAAAAUUGCAUCAUUCGAUGAAUCAUUCACCGCGACUUACAAGGAAGAUGUCAAACUGCCCUGCCUCGCCGUCGGUGUACCCCCUCCUAACAUUCUGUGGAAGGUAAAGGGUAAUCCCUUAGAUGCUUCCGAACGCGUUCGUCAAUUACCCGAAGGAUCUCUUCAAAUCGCUGGAGUGGCUCGUGAAGAUGCCGGUGAAUACUCGUGCCACGUUGACAAUCAGUUCGGCACUGACACUGUUACGCACACGCUCUCUGUUCUUGCACCACCAUUCCCUCCACAACUGGCUAUUGCCUCAUCUUCGGUAUCUUCACUGACUCUGCGCCUGAAGCCUUCUGUCGACGUGGACCAAUCACCUGCCGCUGGAUACACCAUCCACUAUAAACAAGAGUUUGGAGAUUGGGAAACUGUUCAGAUUCCAAGCUCUACCGAUACAUACACUUUAGAGAAUUUGUUUUGCGGAUCAAGAUAUCAACUCUACGUAACGGCUUACAAUGGUAUCGGCACGGGCGAAGCUUCAGACGUGGUGAUCGCUCGCACCCGCGGCUCAAAGCCACCAGUUCCCCGCGCGGCCGACUUUAUCGAAGUUGCGAGCUCAUCUGUAACUCUGCACCUAAAACAAUGGCUGGAUGGAGGCUGCCCAAUGAGCCACUUCGUCGUGGAGAAUAAGAAAAGGGGCGAUGCUGAAUGGAACCAAAUCUCGAACGCUGUGAAACCUGGUGGUAACUUCGUUGUCCUGGACUUGGAACCUGCUACGUGGUAUGUUUUAAGAAUAACAGCGCAUAACAAUGCUGGAUUUAACGUGGCCGAAUAUGAUUUUGGUACUCUUACAAUUACUGGAGGAACUAUUGCUCCUUUGCCCGGAAACUUUGACGGUGACAAGGAACUACCUCCGUGGGUCAAGGCUUGGCUCGAACCAGAAGUGCUAGUGCCGAUCCUGGCAACUAUCGUUGUGUUCAUCGUGGGAAUCGUUGUGAUCUGCCUGACCCUGGCUCGUAGGAAUACCCCGCACCGCCUGCGAGGUCAGAAGGACGUGUAUUAUGACGCGGUGUACAACGCAUCGCAAGCGGCUCUCGGCGGCGGCGGUGGCACGCUGGACAAGCGCGGAGGACUUCGCGACGAACUCGGAUACAUCGCCCCGCCCAACCGCAAGCUGCCCCCUGUACCCGGCUCUAACUACAACACUUGCGACCGAGUCAAACGUCAGGCUGUCAUCAUGGGCGCACACUCUACGUGGGACCCGCGCCGUCAUCACUACGAGCGUGUACGUCGCACGCACAUGCGCCGCGGCUCCGGAGACACCACAUCCACAGGCAUGGAGGACGAGAUCUGCCCCUACGCAACAUUCCACCUUCUGGGCUUCCGCGAGGAGAUGGACCCGAGCAAGGCGCUGGCAUUCCCCCACCACCACCCCGCGCACGCUGGCACCCUCGCUCACCCCCACCCACAUCAUCCUGCACACUCCCGCGCCGGCUCCCAGAGCAUGCCCCGUGCCAACAGUCGCUAUGCCCGCAAGAACUCCCAGGGAGGACAAAGUGCCAUUUACUCAACUGCUCCCGAAUACGACGACCCGGCCACCUGUGCUGAAGAGGACCAAUACCGCGCCCGCUACUCCCGGCCGAUGUACGCGUGCGGCCCCGAGUACGACGAGCCCGCCUGCUGCGCGCCCGAGGACGAGCAGUACACCGGCGCCUACGGCACUCCCUACUCCGACCACUACGGCUCUCGCCCCAGCAUUGGUACUCGCAAGUGCGGCAGUUCCCCCGAGCCUCCCCCACCCCCACCACGCAAUACCAACACCGACAACAACUGCUCCUCCUCUUUUAAUGAGAGCAAGGACUCGAACGAAAUCUCCGAAGCCGAAUGCGACCAACCCCGCAACUAUCCCGUAAGGGCCCACACUGCCAAGGACGGUAUGCACAGCGAGGAAAUGAGAAAACUCAUUGACAGGUCAGUUUUAUAG